AUGCAUCAACCCAAUACUUCAAAAGUUGGAACAUACUUACUUAGCCCGGAUAUAACGUCAGGUACCAACCCGGUACAGGACGCCCCACUCCAGCCCGUAGCGGGUAUACCGGGAAGGACGCAUAAGGGUGCUACCCGCAUAUGCGCCAGAAUCACCGCGGAUUUGGACAAAUAUUUAUGCGUGGUUAGCAGCUUGGACGAGAAAAAUAUACGUGAAGUGGAGGACGUGAUAGGAAAUCCACCAGCAGUUGGUAAAUACGAAAAUUUGAAAAAUACAUUUAUCGAACGGCAAUUACCCAAUCGUGAGGAGAUGGAUGACCGCGCGCCUUCGAAAUAUUUACGCCAUCUGAGAGAGUUGGCCGAAACAACUGUGCCAGAAGAUUUCAUCAAGACGCUCUGGAUGGAGCGCCACAGAGACAAAUCAAAAUACGUACUUGUGGCGGCUAACUACUCUACAAUCGCGACAAUCGGGACAGUGCCCUUAGUGUUGCAUUUGGAACUGCGCCAAUAUUUCACGUGGAAUUUCGUGGUCGCAGAUGUGAGUAAACCCAUAAUCGGCGCGGACUUUUUGGACCAAUACAAGCUCCUCGUCGAUAUUUCGAACAAACGCCUCGACGACCAACCGCAUUAUCUGAAAAGGUCCACCGGCCUCAGUAAACUAAGACGUUUAGUCCCUGACAAAUUAAGGCGUGCAAAGGCAGAAUUCGUGGGCGGCCCCGUUCCACAUGGUGCCAAUUUCAGAUACCCAGUGCCACACAUCGAAGACUUCGCACAUCCGCUGCGAGGAAAGACGGUUUUUACGAAAUUAGACCACGAAUCCGUGUUGCAGAAGAAGAUAUCCCAAAAACGGCCAUUACAACACCCUUUGGCCUUUUCGAAUUCCCGUUCAUUACGUUCGGACUACGAAAUGAAGCUCAUACCUUCCAGCGAUUCAUGGACGAGCGUCUCCAGCAUCGACACAAAGUCAUUACCGAAGAAAGUAGAAGGCAUUAGAAGAUUUCCGCAACCAACGACAGCACAAUAUCUCCGAAAAUUCCUGGGUAUAAUUAUUUUUUACCGCAGAUUUUUGGCAAAUGCCGCAGGUACCCGAGCGCCACUAAACGACCUGUUAGUGGGAAACAUUAAGGAGAAGUCACUCAUCAAGUGGUCAGUCCAGACGCAGAGAGCUUUCGAAAGCUGCAAAGAGAGCUUAACACAAGCAGCGCCAUCCGCAACCAAUCUGCAAACCGGGGCAGCCCUUUCGUUCAUCAGCGACGCCUCAGAUUUUUCAGCCGGCGCAGCUCUCCAACAGCGAAUAGGCAACGAAUGGAAACCGUUGGGAUUCUUUUCUAAGAAAUUGACCACAGCGGAGAAGAAAUACAGCGCAUACGACAGGGAGUUACUGGCGAUUUACUUAGCAGUGAAGCAUUUCAGACACCUAGUAGAAAUCUCUCUCUAG